AUGGGAGGAAAACAUGACGGUUUAGUGAGGCUUCAACUUGAAGCAUUUCUGGAAGAGAAAUCAAGACCUGAAAAUGAGAAUUCAAACUUGAAUAGGGAAAACAAAAUCCAGGGCAGGAUGAACUUUCCUAGCUUGGUGAACAGAUGGUUCAUAGUUCCGAGGGGAUUGGACAAAGAAGACAUGCUAUUUAAGCUAUACAGUUCUAUAAGUGCUCAAAGCAUGGAAAGAAUAGAAGAGCUUCUCCAGGAGGACCAGAAUGUCAAGCGGAGGAAAGAGCGUAUCCAGAAACAGUCCUCUAUUCUUUCCAAGCUUACUACACAACUCUGUAUUAAUGAUAAUCUGGCAGCCGCUGCAUCCACCUAUUCCAAUGAAGUAGAAAGUUCAACCAUUGCUGGCCCAUCUUCCCGGGAGGUCUGGAGAUGCUACGUUUGAUGCUGCUGCCAGCGGUCCAAACCUAUCAUAUGGGGAUUCUAGAUCAAAUUGUCUCAGUCGCCGG